CGCUCUGUGAAGUGCUUGUGAAAUUCCGUGUUUUGAACAGGAGUGUGCUUGUACGUUUGGAUUGACGAAAAAUAUACAGUGUUCAGGAAACAGGUUUUGUACUUCACAACCAUCUGUCUUCAUGCUGAUGGACAUACAGCUGAUGUUCCUCAUCACACAUUGAGUGACGUGGCCACUUCGCUCAGUUUUAAUAGGUACAAGAGAUGUGAUCCGUGAUUAUGCCACAGUGAUGACUGUAUAUAACUCUAUCCCCUAAUAGAAUUAAAUUUGUGUCAGACAUCCAGAUGCCUGUUUGCCAAGUUCAAUAUCUACUUAGCAGGAAGUCACUAUAGUUCCUGACUCUGCUUCAACUGAUCCAAGAGAAUGGGUGGAAGCACAAAUAGUGGCAACUUUGGCUCCAGUCAGUAGGUGGCCUGUAUGUGCAUUGGACGUGCACAUUGAAGAAGGUUGUACAGCAUAUGAGGUGACACAUUGUCUGCCAAGAAAGAUUUUGAGUGUUCCUGUACGGAAAAGGAGGAGAAAGAUGAUAAUUCAUUCUCUAACAUUUUCAGUUAGAAAGAGAAAAAUAUUUAAGCUGUGCCCCGAUGUCCGUGUGUGAAUCUUUACUCAGCAUGGUGCUGCAGUCUGUUGAAAAUGUUCUAAAAAAAGCUGAAACGUUAAAGGACCAGCUAAUGAACAUAGAAAAUAUUGCGUGUGAUAAAGAUGGUAUGGUUUGUCAGCAAAAGCUCCAGAGAAUAUAUCAUGAUGCCCUUAUCCGUGAUUUGGAGUAUUCAUUAGAUCAUAAGGCUGAAGUUGACCUAUGGAAUCAUGGUUUUCGAAACAGUAUUGUUACUCUGCAGAGCCUUGCAAGAGAUAAAAAGAAUCCCAGACGUGAUGAAUCUGAAAAUAGGCUCACACGAUUUCUAGAGUCGGCCACUGCAUUUUACUCUGCACUUCUUCAUGAUGUCUGUUCUGCUUUCGAUCUAGAGCUACCGUUUAGAAGGAACGGCAGGAGCUAUGCUUGUCCGAAGAAAAUUCUUCCUCCUAAAUCAGUUGCAAAACCCAACAAGAAUUCAUGUUAUUACAUGUGCCAGUACUGUUUAGUUCACCUGGGAGACCUGGCUCGUUACCGUCAUCUUGGUCGCCAAGCUGAGCUUUUCUACAGAUAUGCAGUGCAACUGUCACCAUGCAGUGGUCAUCCAUACAACCAGUUAGCUCUAGUGGAAGCUGCUCGUGGUGACCGACUGAGCACAGUAUUUUAUUAUGUGCGCAGUGUAUCAGUUAGACAUCCUUUUCCAGCUGCAGCCCUGAACCUGACCAAGACUUUAAAUCAGUAUGUUGAUGAAGAGAUAGAUGUUGAGGGCCGUGCAAAGCUAACAGUACCAGAGUGCGUGACAGUUUUUUUGAGGUUUCAUGGUCUUUUGAGCAAACAGACUGAUUUAGAAGUUGCUGAGAAAUACGUCAAGUUGCUGACAAACACAUUGACAGCUCUUGUUGCAACAGAGAGCUUUAGUGCUACCCAGCUUGUUCAGAUGCUUGCUAUUAAUUUAUAUGCGCUUCACCAGAGGAAAGAUUGCGCAUUUUUAAACAAAUCCACAGUCCUGUCUGAUUCAGGACUUGAGGCCAGUGAGCUGCAAGCAAAACGACUAGUUUUGCAUCUAGUUGCUGGCUCACUUUCUGCAUUUCUUCUUCCUGUUUACACUCUGAAAGAUGGAGAAGCAUUACUUGAUUACUUCGCCUUACCAGCAAUCAAACUCACAUUGGAUUGGAUUCAUUUAGAAAGCGAAGUGCUACAGGAAGAAGCAUUUGCGACCAGAAGACAGAUAUGGCCAAGCCUUUGCAAGCUGUUGAAUGUGAUUCAGCCAUAUCUUGCUGACUUUUCUGCAGACAAGUGGACAUUUGUGCCUCUUCCAGAAGAUAAAAAUUUGCAGUGUUUCAUACCUCUGGAACGGCUGCUGAACAAUUAUAGAUUUGUAUUUGAUGAGCCAAAGAUGGAGGCUGAAACGACAAAUAAGCUCCGUGCUUCCCGUUUGAUUGAGUUUGGUAUCUGGCUGUCAGAACAAGAGAAUCAUAAACUUUUGAAGACAAGGAAGGAUUCAGGAGAAAAUGAUAAAUUGGUAUUUGAACUGGCGUAUAUGAUGCCAGCAGAUAUGGCACAUAAAGAAAUUGUAACUGUCCAAGAAACAAAGGAUGAUAUUCUUGAUACUUCCACACUGACUGAAAUCGGUUCCCUUGAUUCGGACAGCACAUCAGGAAUUGGUGAGGGUACAGGAACACAAACUCCACCAGAUUUUUUUCCUAUCAGUUUGCCACCACCAGUGAUGAGAGAUGAAGAAUUGCCAAAAAAUAAAGGAUCUACACUAGUAAAAGAGACUUCCUCAAUUACCACACACUCAUCAGUUCAAACUCCAUCUCAUGGUCCAGGAAUUAUGAAAAAGUAUCGUCAGAAUGUUGCAAUGCAGGCUAUUCUCAAGAAAAUGGACCAAGAAUCUGUUAAAACAGCAGAAGCAAAGCAGGUCACUUUUAAAACACCUACACCAGUUGGGUCAGACUCAGAAAAGAAAACCCAGAAUAAACAGAUAAAAGGAUCCCAGGAAAAGCAAAUUGCACAGCAGACACCAAGCAAAACCAUAAGUAUUGCAGUACACACUAGUAAUGAUAAGAAUAAAUCUGCAAAUGCUUCAGAUUCUGUAGGGAAAAAUGUUACAUUCACCCUUCAUGGUAGUCAAGAAAAUACACAGAUACAGAAGGAGAAACUAAAUGUUCCCGAUAAAGUUCAUUCACCUGCCAUCAACUUUCAGGAUAAGAAUGCAGCGCCACUGAUCAAAAUGGGGCAGGAUACAGUCGCUGGGAGUGCAUUUUUGGGGUCAACCUCAUUUGGUUCACCCAUUCCACAAGAAAAGAGCUUUACAGUGCCUGCCCAAAAUUCACAGAAGAAGAGUGUAACGUUCACUGAUGAAAAAAUUUUGUCAUUUGCUGCCCAGGUGUUCCAGAAUAGAGGUUUGGCGUAUAAGGGUGCAUUUUCUUCUCAGGUACAACAGGAUAAAACCAGUCCAUUGUCCUCUCCAGCUGUUCAGGAGAAGGCAUCACCAUAUGCCACCCAGGGAACUGACAAUAAAACUAGCAGCACAUAUCCUGUAGCUAACAUAAAAGAGAAGCCUAUUACAUACUCUGCAGUAGUCCAGCAAGAAACAGCUAAACAACCUAUUGCAGAAACGUCUACAUGGAUUUAUAACAAAAAUGCUAUGCAGCCACCACCUCCUCGAGAUGUGCGUGGCCCUUUGGCACCGACCUCCCAAACCAGAACAGAAUUGCCGGGAACACAGGUCUUCGGAGGAGUCGGGAGCUUUUCACAAGAUAUACUGAAAACUCCAUUAUUUAAGUUGCCCGACAUACAAGAACUACGCAAUACAUCAGACAGUAAUGUGUCGAGCCCACAACUGUAUUCGUCGGGAAAUGCUCUCGGAACAGAAAUGCAGAAAAUACCACAAUCACAGUACUCUAUGGAAAUUAAUAAAAGUGUGUAUACCGGGCCAGAUGUGAAUACGAAACCAGACUUCACAAAUGUUUCCAGUGUCGAUUCUAGUCAGCUCCACAUUCCUGCAGCCAUAGGAAGUGAGCAUAGUGCAUUUCAGUCUCCAAGUGUAAAUUUUGCACAUCCACAUUCUGGCUCUAGAAAUUUUCCUGAUCAAUUGGGGAAAGUACGGCCACCUCCAGGUUACACUCUGGCUCAUGUUCCACAGACACCUGUAAACUGGUGGAAAGAUGAUGUUACACCUGCUUCUCCAUUGACAACUUGGUGGAAGAUGGAUACGGCCUCGGGAAACAGAUCAGUCUCACAUCCUCCUGGAGAAGACAGUACAGCCAUACAGUACAGUCCUCUCAGAUACGGAAGGCCACCAUCACAACAGUUACCACUAAAUCUUGGAAAUGAAGGUUCUGGGAAAACAGACACUGGAUAUGGCAGCCACUUAUGGAGUAUGAGCUCACCUAGUUCAUCUGUGGAGGUAAAUCUGCAUCACAAACUGGUUGGUGGCACUGGGCAGCAACAAGCCAGCUACACUACCAGUGGCCAUCAGCAACCAACCUACUCAGCUUCAGGCCAGCAGCAGACCACUUACACAAGGCCUGAUAACUCCCUCACAGGAAUGUUCACCUCUGACGUAAAUAUGCCAAUGUUUGGCCCACGUGAUACAACAGAACGAGGAUUGUCGGAGGUAACAGCAUGUAAUAUAGGUAGCUAUGCUCCUGGUGGUUCAUUAUUCCCCAUGCCUACCCGUCAUUCUGGACCUGGUGGGGACAACACGUAUAGCCUGUUUAGUUCAACACAGUGGGCCACUCCAUCAACAACUCAGUCAUCGCAGCAGGGAAUGAGCUUUGGUGGCCUGAUGAGUGCUAGUGGAUCAGGUGGACUUGGAACUCAGUCAUUGUGGUCAGGACCAGGCCCAUCCCCACUCGAGAGACUUCUGGAGCAACAAAAGCGACUUCGUGAAGGACCAGCUUCAAAAAAGGGAACUUGAAACACUAGCAUAAUUGUUUAUUCAGGAAUAUAACAAAUGUGGCAUUAAUCUUAACUACAUAUAAUUGCCAGAUUUUUGAAGCAUGAAAAUAAUUGUGAUGCCUGGUAAAUGUAAUGAAAUGCUGUAUCGCUGUGUUAUUUAAAGUCAACAAAAUGCAGUGAUUCAUACUUUAUAAUACAGUACCUAAAGUAUAGCUAUAAGUGUCAGGCAAGUAUAGGUUUCAUGUUUUGCACUUGGAGUUGAUUAAUAUUGAUCUUUUCUUCUGAGGCUAAGUACAGUGUAUGUAAUGAGGUGAACAUACUACAUUCAAGCCAUCCAAAUGAAGAAAAGAUGCUCGUGUGCAGCAUGCACCCGGUAAGUUCAUAGGGUAAUGGUGCUGUAAGCUUUCAGUCUGGGAGUACCAGAAAUACUUGAUACAGUAUUGUUGAACCACGUAAAAACAACUGAGGCACAUAUGAAUUGACUGCUUUUUAUGAAAGAUUGAAUUUCAGUUGAGACUCCCUUGCUACCCAAGCUGGCACUAGAUUUUUCCUUAUCAAAAUUGUUUCUUGGGAAAUGGGAGUUGUAAAUACAAGAUUGUUUACAGACAUUGAAUUGGGUGUCAGUAGAUGUUGUCUUUCCUCAUACAAGUUGGUAACAACUCAGUUUUAAGUAUUACCUAGUGUAUGACAAGUUUGUAAUAUGGCAAAGCUUAAAACAGAUGAAUUUUAGGUGUAACAGAGCUUCUGACAAACAAGUUUUAGUUGUGGAGAGUAUGUGAAAAGAGAUGUUCUAUAAACAGUUGACAAAGGAGGUACAUUGUCAGAGAACAGUCAAUGAUUUAGUUAAGUUACAUUGAAGCAUGCAGCAAGUGUACAGAUGGAAACAAUUGUAACAGUUCUGUGCUUUUUGUGGUUAACAUGGUGACCAAAAAUUAAACUUUUGUCAGAAUAUUCAUUCAGUCAGUUGCAAACAGUAAAUAGCAUUUUAUUUUGUCCAGUACGAGUUGUUUUGGUGCUGUUCAAAACUCCUUUUGAAACAUUCCUUUCAGUGUGUGUGUGUCAGUCUGUUAUGAAGUACUGUGUGUUAAGAUUUAAGACCGCAGUGUUACUCAGUUUUGUUGUCUUGACUUCAAAAGAACUAUGCUCUUCAUAAGCUGAAAUUUUUAGUGUUUGAUAUUUUCUAUGUAGUUUCAUUGGCUAAUAUUUUAGUGCGCAUGGGAAGUCACGUGACGGAUAUUAUGUGGUUACUUAUCAGGCUUUUGCUCUAACUUACGUAGAGAGUUCUCUAGCACCAAUGAAAAGUUUUCUUAGAUGUUGCUUGUAAAAAGAGGAUUUUGUUAAAUCUUAAAUUCUUUUGUCUCAUAUUUUGUCAGUUCCAAUAACGUAAAAUGAUUUAUUUGCAGUAAUUCAAAUACUUAAAGAUAUGUAUCUGAGCUAAUGAAACAUGUACACACUUUUCCAUCUAAGCAUAUCUUUCACGAUUGAUGUGAACACUGUGGUGUAAAAAAUGAAAAUAUAUACUAUACCGCCCUACCAGUUGUUGUACUGAUGUUUUAAAGGCUGAUAUAAAUGUUGAACAAUCAUAUAGUAUGCUUUAUAAAUUUCUAAAGAGGAAAACAGAAAGCGAAAGAUAAACAUGAAUGACAUUGAUAAAAUAGCAUGUACUCGUCAAAAAUGGACCACAAUAAUAGGUAAUGGAAACUUGACUCUCUGCAUCAAAGAGUCCUUCUUUGCAGUCAAGUGCACAAAAAAGAAUCUUGGGGAGGAGAGUUGGGGGGAGGGGGGUGUCAGAAUAGCCUAGCACCUGGAAAUUUUCAAAGGAUUUGAUGCAAAUUGAGUAGGUCGCUGCAAAUAUCAUGAUCUUGAACUACUGAACCAUAUGUUCCUGCACUCAGGCCUGUUGCUCUGUGCCACAUUUUUCUUUGUUGCUUUAUCUUUUCCUAGUGAGAGAAUAGGCACUGUGGUAAGACAUUGGUUUUCCAUAGUAUCCCUAAUCUUUCUUCCUUUCCAUCAUCCUUCCAUUCAUUACUGUCUCUCUUCCUAAUUUUAUUCUGUUGUCUUCCCACACUCUUAUUUUCUUAAAGUUUUUGUUUUCCAGUUUCAGCUCUUCGCCAUUGCUUUACAUGUAUCAGUAUGAAACAGCACUUGGCUCUUACGUUUCACCAUUUCCCAGUUUUUGUAUAAACAUAUUCUCAGCAAACUUCCUUAAUGAGCCCUCAAAUGCCGUUAGAAAAAGGUACAUAGUACCAUUAAGAAACUGUACUUGUUUGAAUAUGUAGAGAGAUAAAAAAAAUACUAAUUAUACAUAAAAAAAGUCUUUAAAAUAACUUGUCAAAAACCUUGUUUAAUUAUCCAACGUAAUAGUCAACAGGUCAUUAAACUCUAAUCUUCCUUUAUAGCUUAAGUAUCAUGAAUGAAUUAUAGCAUAAUAGUGAUUUCCUUUCACUCUCAUAAUUUGUGUUCAUUACUGUUCUUCAUAACAACUGUUGAAAGUGCUUGAUGUAAUUGAUAAAAUUGAUCUUCUUGUCUCUUAAGGUUUUUACUGUAUGUUAAGACAGUUACCAAUGUGAGAGUACAGCUAUCCUUAUCUAUUUCAUUCAUGUUUGAGAAAUUUGAAUUGUGGCAGGGUGUCAGUAUUAAAAUUUCCUGAUGUUAAAACUGUUACUUGUAGCACAAAUGUUUGAUAGAUAUAUUUUAGUGAUACAAAUACUGAGGUUUGAAGUCGGCAUGAUUGUUUUGUAUUCACAUCGUCAAAAAUGUGUAGCUACAUAAAAGCAAUAUUGUUGUUAGGAUGUAUGGAUUGUUAUGUCUUAGAGGACUAUAAGAUUGUCUUGCAAAUAUAAAAUUUGUGUUGGCUUUUAUUUGAUAAUAAAGCAAAAUGAAUAGUCAGUAAGUAUAAGGGCAGGAGUUUACCAUAAUUCUUAUGUUCUAGAAUUGUGAUAUUAGACAGGAAACACAGUGGUAAACAAGUAUAUACAACAUAGAAUAUAUCAGUUGAAUUGUCUGCUCUGUACUAAUUUUUGUUACUGUUUUACACUUAGGCUGUUUACUGCAGCACACCUGGGGGACAAUAUUGCAGUUACUCAAUUUAAUUAUUUUGAAAAAGUACAGAACUCCACUCACAGUGAAACAAUUCUUUUUGCCCCCUUUCUGAAAUUUUUACAUGAAAAUGUCGAGUUAUGUUCAGUUCCUAUCAAAGUCUAGCUUAAAUGUUUUACGAAAACCUGUUACAACAUAAAACUUUGUUAUACUGUCAAAACUGUUUUAUAUUGCUGUACUAUCCCAGUAAGGGAAAUUACCACUCUUAUGGAAGUAGUUUAAAUUUCUGUGUUGAAAGUUAUUGUAAUUGAAUGUUUGAAAUGUCUUAAAAAUUGUGUGUGUGUGUGUGUGUGUGUGUGUGUGUGUGUGUGUGUGUGAGAGAGAGAGAGAGAGAGAGAGAGAGAGAGAGUGAGUGAGAGUGCGAGAGAUAUACUGGUAUUUUUAGUCUGGAAUUGAAUCCUACAGGAAGUAUCUGUAACAAAGACAUGUUGAACAGCUGCACCAAAUAAAAAACUUUUUUAUAA